UAAAGUGCAAAGGACCUUUUCCACACCAUUCAUCCCAAAUCCUUUUUGCCCCAUCAUUUGGAUAUGGAUUCCUCUGCUCUUUCAUUGCUACAUUGUCCUAAUUGCCAUAGCCUUGCAUCUAUUCGCAUUUCCUUUUUCUACUUCAUUUUAAUAACAUCCGCUUUGAUAUGCUCAGCAACAGCAACAAGAAACCUCGCCAAGAAAUCAGAAAUCAAUACAUCUGAGUUCAUUACGAACUCUUGUGGUACAACAUUGUACACCAAAUUGUGCAUUGAAACACUCUCACCAUACUCAAAUUCCAUCCAAACAAACCCUAAAGAAUUGGCUAAUGCAGCACUUACAGUGAGCCUAAAAGGGGCUAAAUCAACAACAAAUAAAAUUUCAAAAAUGUCCAAAGAGCAAGACUUGGGUCCAGCAGAAACACAUGCCUUAACGGACUGUGUGGAAAACAUGGAGGAUUCUGUAGACGAACUUCAGAAAUCUUUGUUAGAAAUGAAGAAUUUGAAUGGUCCUGAUUUUGAAGAGAAAAUGGGGAAUGUAAUGACUUGGGUAAGUGCUGCUUUGACAGAUGAAGAUACUUGUAUGGAUGGAUUUGACGGCAAUGGUAACAUGAAUGAGAAAGUUAAGGCCACUAUUAGGAAUUACAUUGUUAAUGUUGCUCAGUUAACUAGUAAUGCUUUAGCUCUUACCAAAAAUCUUUCAUCCUCUUAGCUGAAUCAUCAGUGUAAUUUAUUCUGCUGCUUCUUUUUUUUCCAUCUCCCACUUUGGAAAAGAAAACAGAAUUCUAUUGUUUUAUCUCCGUAA